GAUUGAAGAAUAUAAGAAAAAAGCCCAAAACUGUGGUCCUUCUGGUAACAUGUUAAUACAUGGUGGUCAUCAUUCUCCAUUUUCAUUCUGCCCAACCUUUAUAAAAGAAUGAAAGAUUCGUAACUCACUCUUUCUUCAGGCUAUCAUCUCUUUUAUAAAUAUUUCUUUUCUUUUCUUUUUUUUUUUUUUUUUUACAAAUAUUCAUUCCACAAAAUACCAAACCAAAAAACAAACAUCCAGAUCUUGCAACCCACUCAGAACCUUCGUCUCUAAAACCCACACAAACUUGCAGGUUUUUUACUCACCAAACAUGCAUUGGAACAACAACAACAAGAAAGAAGACAAAACAGAAGAUCUUAUGCAAACACCAUGAAUAAUAAUAAUAAUAUUAUUUCUAUAAUCAAAAUCUUACUCACCCUUUCAUUACUUUCAUUAGCUACAUCCAGCACCAUCACCAGAAGAAUCCUCCACCAGCCAUUAUAUCCUGCCACGUCAUCACCGCCGCCACCACCGCCGUCACCGCCACCAUCACCUACCAAUUCCGACGAUCCCUUUUUCCGCGAAAACACACCUCCGCCGCCGCCACCACCACCGGCGGCGGCGGCCGGAGUUGCCGGAAACACCACCGCCACCCACCCUAUCGCCCCACAGCCGGCGACCAAACCAGCUAAAAAAAUCGCCGUAGUAAUAUCCGUCGGAAUUGUCACUCUCGGAAUGCUAACGGCGUUAGCUUUUUUUAUAUACAAACACAAAACAAAACAACAAACGGAAUCCAGAAAACUUGUCAACAACACUUUAGCAACGGAAUUAGCAACGGAGUCACCGAGAAACUUAACGCCGUCAACUUUUCUUUACAUCGGAACAGUUGAGCCGUCAAGAGCAGUAACGGAGUCAACUAACGGAAAUUCAACUGACUCACCGUAUAAUAAAUUGAACUCUAUUAAAAGAUCUGAUCGGUACCGGCCCAGCCCGGAGCUGCAACCUCUUCCGCCGCUGCGUAAACCUCCGCUGCCGCCGUCUGCGGCGCCGCCUCCGGCGAUGUCGAGCUCCGACGACGAAGAUGAAAUUCAGGAUUUCUACACUCCUAACGGAUCGAUUGCGAGCACUGAUGACGGUUAUUCUGUACGGAGUUUUAAUAAACGGAUUAACCGCUGGAACUCGAGCCCUAACCCUAACUCGAAACGAACGUCGCCGAGAUCACGGCUGUCGGUUUCUUCUUCGCCGGAUGUUUUUUCAGAAAAUUCUCCGGCGAAACCACAGAAGCCGAAGUUCGCCGGACCGCCGCCGGGACCAGAUAUGACGCGGUUGCAUUCGUAUCAGAAGCCGAAGAUUCCGGUGCCGCCAGUACCGCCACCGCCGCCACUGACAGUGCCGUUGAAGGCGGCGGAGAAGGCGGGAGGUUUUCCGAUCAUGUCUUCUUCGAAACAGAAGAUGAGUCCUGGUGCUAAAGUGAUACCGAAAAUUGUGAAAACGACCUCGUUUCGGGAGGAUGUUGGAUCGGAUCAGGUGGAUGAUUCGAAGCCGAGAUUGAAGCCGCUUCACUGGGAUAAAGUUCGAGCGACUUCGGAUAGGGAAACUGUGUGGGACCAGCUGAAAUCGAGCUCGUUUCAAUUGAAUGAGGAUAUAAUGGAGUCAUUGUUCGGAUGCAAUUCCGGUAGCUCAACGAAGAAAGACGAUAGCCGGAAACCGGGUACACCUCCGGCAAUGCUGGAAAACCGAGUAUUGGAUCCGAAGAAGUCGCAGAACAUAGCCAUACUUUUAAGAGCAUUGAAUGUAACACAGGAGGAAGUAUCCGAAGCACUUUUGGAAGGAAAUCCGGACAGUUUGGGUGCCGAGCUGUUGGAAACACUUGUGAAAAUGGCGCCGACGAAAGAGGAAGAGAUCAAACUUAAAGAUUACAGAGGUGAUGUAUCAAAGUUAGGAUCCGCAGAAAGGUUCUUGAAGGCGAUCCUCGAUAUCCCGUUUGCGUUUAAACGAGUUGAGGCCAUGCUUUACCGCGCGAAUUUUGAAACGGAAGUGAAAUACUUGCGAUCUUCGUUUCAGACAUUAGAGGUGGCAAGUGAAGAACUGAAGAGCAGUCGGUUAUUUCUUAAACUUCUCGAAGCCGUUCUACGAGCAGGAAACCGUAUGAACGUUGGCACGAAUCGUGGUGAAGCUACAGCGUUUAAGCUAGACACGCUUUUAAAGCUAGUGGAUGUAAAGGGAACCGAUGGAAGAACAACAUUACUUCAUUUUGUUGUGCAAGAAAUCAUUAGAUCAGAAGGCGCAGAUUCCAAUACGAAAUUCGAAUCAAAUCCCGUUUUCAACGAAGCGAUUUUCAAGAAACAAGGGUUACAGAUCGUCAGUGGGCUAAGUCGGGAAUUAAGUCAUGUUAAGAAAGCUGCGGGGAUGGAUGCAGAUGUUCUUCGUGGUUACGUGUCGAAACUUGAACUCGGGUUGCAGAAAAUCCGAUCAGAAGGUGAUGAAUUACACGAUACGGAAAGUACACGAGGAAACUUUUACGGGUCGAUGAGAUUAUUCGUUAAGGAAGCUGAAACAGAGCUUCAAAGGAUCAAGAUGGAUGAACAGAAGGCGUUGGCAUCGGUUAAAGAUGUAACGGAGUAUUUUCAUGGCGAUACGGUUAAAGAGGGUGUGUACCCUUUGAGAAUUUUUAUGAUUGUAAGGGAUUUUUUAGGCAUUUUGGAUCAUGUAUGCAAGGAAGUUGGGCAAAUGCAAGAUAGAAUAAUCGGGGGUUCCGCAAGGUCGUUUAGGGUUCAAACAAGCGCACCGUUGCCGGUUGUGACACGAUACAAGACGCGCCAUAGUAGUAGUUCAGAUGAAGAAAGCUCAUACUCAUCUCCAAGAUAAGAUUUUGGAGGGAAAAUCAUGUUUUAGAUGUACAAAAAUAAGAUCUGUUUUCCUGAUUGUUUUGAGGUUGAAGAAGAAAUGGCUACAAAAUCUACUUAAAGAAGGUAUUGGGAAUUCUUGGAUCUUGGAAUGAGGUAUAGAUUACAUAUGUUUAUUUAAGGGCAUCAUGUUUUAGUUUGAAUUUUUGAGGAUUACUAUUCCUAUUAUUAUUAUUUUAUCAACAGGCAAAUUCUUUUAUGUU